AUGCGCUCUUCAAUUUUCCUGUUUUCCUUGCUGGCUGGCUUGCUUGCUUUAGCCACCACGAGUGAAGCCCGCAGAAGACUUUCAAGAAGGGCUGUCUCCACAUCACAACUUGUAUAUCCAAAGGUGCGUCGGGUAGACAAAACUUGGUCAUAUCCAUCAGCAAAUGCCCAAGGAAAUGUGACUUAUUCAGAUCCAUACUUUUGGCUAGAAGGCAAUGCAAGUGAUCCAGACAUCGAACAAUUCGUUAAAGAUCAAAAUGCGGUGACGGAUGAAUACGUAAAAGGCUGUAAAGGUAAAGAUGCUAUUACCAAAUCACUCACUCAAGCCAGUUCCUAUGACAAGUAUAAAUUCGUUCAACAAAUUUCAUCAAUCAAUGAAGGUGACGAGCCCUUCUACCUAUAUAGCCUUGUAAAGACUGGUGAUCAACCAAGUGUAUGGUACACAGCAAGUAUGGAAGAAUGGCAAUCGGCAAAGAAGAACAAUUUUAAUUCGCCUCCUGGUAAACCCUUUUUGGAUGAAGCUUUAUUGAGUGAUGAUGGAAGUCAAAGCAUUCUCUAUCAAUCUGCUUCACCAGACGGAAAAGUAUUUGCUUAUUUGGUGAUCGGAAAUGGAGAAGUAGGAAUGUGGUACUUUCGUAAUUUUGAUUCCCCAUUAACACAAGCCAAAACGAAGCCUGCCGGUGGUGAAGGAAGAUUGAAUGAUACAUUGCCCUUGAGUGCAGAUAUUCCUGCUUGGUUGCCAAAUGGAAAAGGAAUCUUUUAUCCUAUGACUGUUGAAUCGGAUGCAGGCACAAAUCCAGACCACGGAUAUAAGAUUCAAUAUCAUGAGUGGGGGACGGAUAAUUCAAAAGAUAUAACUGUAUUCGAUGCAGCAAAUGCCGGACCACAUGGACAAGGGUCAUGGUAUUUCAUCCAAACAAGCCCUGAUGGCCGUUGGCUAACGGUUUCUGGCUAUUAUGAGGGUACGGAUGUCAAUAUGACAAGCUAUGCUACUCUGUUGCCCGGUCAAGAGAUUUCCUCAAAUAUGAAAUGGAUCUCUCUCUCGCCUGAUUAUGAUUUCCCAAUGUAUGCCAUUGGAGUGAUCGACGAGAGCUACUAUUUCCAAACAGACAAAGAUAACGCAAAGAAUCAAAAAGUUUCAAAAAUUAAACUUGAUUGGAGUAAAGCACGUCAAGUGAAACAAUUUACGGAAUUACAAGAUCGUCCUGAAGUGAUUGACGUUAUUCCUGAACGCAAAGAUGCUUCUAUUCCUCAAUUUAGUACGUGGGUAACGGCAACCAAUAAGAUUGUUGUCUUGUACAUCGAGAAUGGUCAGAACACAAUGUACCUGUAUUGUGCAAUAACUGGAAAGAAGCUUCAACAACUACUGCCGGAUGAAAAAUUAAUCUAUGGUGAAUUUCAAGGUUUACCAAACAGUGAUACUAUGAUCAUUCGAUAUGAAAGCUGGAACACACCUUCAAAGAUAUACGAAUUCACUUGGGAAGGCGAUCAUUUGGACACUUCUUUGGCAACAAUUCGCUUGAUUGAAGGAACAAAUCCCGAUGACUUUGCAAUCGAAGAACUUUACGCAACAUCAAAGGAUGGCACAAAGAUUCCAUACUUUAUCACCUACCGCAAAGGAACAAAGAGGGACGGAAGCGCACCUGCUUGGGUACACGGAUAUGGUUUCUAUGCAUUGAUUGAUAACCUGUUUUAUGCGCCUAACUACUUUGACUUCUUGCGUUCAUAUGGCGGAUACUUUGUUUGGAUUUGUGCAAGAGGCGGUGGUGAUUUAGGAGGCGAAUGGCAUGAUGCUGCUGUGGGAGUCAAAAGACAGAGAACCUAUGAUGACUACCUUGCAGUUGUUCAAGACCUGGUCAGGCUCAAGAUUACCUCACCUGGCAAUAUAAUCUUGGAAGGAGGGUCAGGCGGUGCAAUGGCAGUAGGCGCAGUAAUGAAUCAAGCACCAGCGGGUCUACUUGGUGUGGUACUCCCGGUCAGAGGUCCUUUAGAUGUGAUUCAAUUUGAAUUGCGAAGUGCAAUUGGAGCAGGUAAUCGGGCAGAAUUUGGCGACGUAACCACACCAGAUGGAUUCGAUGCCGUUUUUGCAUGGUCACCUUUGCAAAACAUUGAUCCGAAUAAAGAAUAUCCAGCCGUUUUAUUAACACCCGGAACUGCCGAUGAACGAGUGCCUCCUUCUUAUUCUUACAAAUUUGUUGCUCAAUUGCAAUACGAUCAUCCCAACAACAGUAAACCUUUGUUGCUGGCUGUGGUGAAGAAUCGAGGUCAUAUUCCAAGCAAUGUGGUUGAAAGCAUUUAUCAACUAUGCAUCAUUGAAGAGUCUUUGGGUAUUUCCAGAGUCACAGCUUGA